CACCGAUCCAUCUAAAUCCACACCAGGACCCCCUGGUUGGGGUUUCUAUUGGUAGCUCCUCAGCUUUUUGCAGAUAUCGAGGAUGUCCAUGAAGCCUUGUGGGAGUCCGUUCGACUUCUCGUCUUUGGCGGAUUCGAUGAAAAGACAUGCUGGUCCCACUGGUUCACCACGUCGACGGCCGGGCUCAGACCGACCACCGGACCGGGUCGUGAAGGAGAAGACGUCUGGUCUUCUCGACGUCGCUUCCACCGUGGUGGGGGGGCCGAACAGGUGGUUUUGUGACCAGACGGUUGAGCUGUUUUGCCAGGGUCUGCCGGUGCGGACGAACGAGCGAUCCGUGGCCCACGGCAUCGGUAGACCUCCAUCGGUGCACCAGGCUGUCUGGGGGUGGCCAUGCGCGGCAGCACCGUCCAUGUCUCUUCGGAGGAUGCGCGUGAACAUGUCUCAUGGCCUCCCAUGUGAGCUCGUUCGCCACGAAAAUCGGACCCGGGCCGAACACCAGUUCUGGCAGGCUAGGCCCGGGCGAACGUCUUUUUUAGUUUACUGUAAUUGUUUGUCUUUUUUGGAAGAGGCUGUGAUGAAAAACUUUGCAAACGGUUGCCAUGCAUCUCUUUUCUGGAACUGGUCGACCGCGUGCCCAGCCAUGUUUGGGUCCGGUCUGCCAAGAGGGCGGUUCCGAGCCAUGUGUGGGUCCAUCUGGUUCCGUAGAUGUUCCAUCUGGAAUCAUGGAAGUGAACAAUGACCCCUUGCACACUGGAGGUGAACUCCCCGUAACCAUCAUUUUUCCGGGGAGGAGAUAUACUCUUGCCGGCCCCGACGAAUCGGGGGGAUUGGGGAUGCAGCAGUGCAGCGAUUGGCGAGCCAACUCUCGCGGUGUGAAGGGUCAUGAAGGGAGUUCUUUUUUUGUUUGUUUUUGCAAUGGACAGCGCCACUUUCAGUCCCCUUCCACGACAUGUCGGCCUCCUUGAGAUGCUUCUUUUCGCUUGCCGUCUCGUUGCGACACCGGAUCGGCACUUUCUUUACGCCAUUGGUUCAAGCUGGGUGGAGGUUGUAGCCAUCAACCUCCACCGUAUUUCAUUCAUUUCGAUAGCGAGAAUGUUUCGCUUAGCGAAUCUCAUUUUGCUUUAUGCGGGCGCGACCGCCACGCAGAGCUCCGUGUCCCUGGCGCUGGAGAAGCGCGUGAUGCAGCAUAGGCAGGCAGAGGAGGGCACCGGCGCGACCACGCAGCACAAGAUGGCUUACUUCGGUACCAUUCAGGUGGGCCGCCCACCGCAGAAUUUCACGGUGGUCUUUGACACGGGCAGUGGCAAUUUGAUCGUGCCCGGCCGCGAUUGCACCAGCGACGCCUGCGCCAGCCAUCGCCGCUUCGACCGCCAGAAGAGCAAGCAGAUUCAGAGCGUGAACUGCGAUGGCAGCAAAGUAGGUUACGGCUUGGAGCAGGACGAGAUUACCAUUACCUUUGGCACUGGCAAAAUCACUGGUCAGUGCUUUCAAGACGACAUUUGUAUUGGUUCCGCCUGCUCGAAGGGCAACUUCAUUUCCUCCACGGAAGAGAGCUAUACUCCCUUCGCGAGCUUUUCUUUUGAUGGCGUCUUGGGGCUCGCCCUGGAUAGCAUGGCUCAGUCCAACGAGUUCUCGGUGAUGAACUUGCUGCAGCAGUCGGGAGUCUUGAGGAAGCCCAUCUUCUCGGUCUUCCUCUCCGACUCGGAGCAGGAGAAGUCCGAGAUCACCUUUGGCGACAUGAAGCAGGAACACAUGGCCUCUGAGCUCUACUGGGUUCCGGUGUCCGGGAACGCUGGAUACUGGGAGGUGGAGAUUGAGGACAUCUAUUUCGAUAAGAAACCUCAGAACCUGUGCAAGGGCUGCCGCGUGGCAGUUGACACCGGCACCUCUGAACUGGCAGGCCCCUCGAGCGUGGUUGGAAAGCUGGAAGAGCUUUUGAGUCUGGGGGAUUGCUCCAACGUGGACUCGCUUCCAAAGUUGGGUUUCGCGGUUCGUGGACCAGAUGGCAACCCCAAGAUCUUGAGCUUGUCGCCUCGGGAAUACACCUCUGAGAUCGGCAUGGGCACCUGCAACCUGUCGCUCAUGAACCUCGACGUGCCGCCCCCAAAGGGGCCGCUCUUCGUGUUCGGCAUUCCGUUCUUGCAGAAGUAUUACACGGUCUAUGACCACGAGAAGAGCCGUGUGGGCUUCGCCGUGGCCAAGCACAAGGACCAAGUCCCCGAGACGCUCCUCGAGGUGGAGGCCACCGCGGCGCCAGGCCCAGAGGCACGCCUAAGCAGCUCCUUCCUGGCACGGAAGUAAAAAGCCACGCCCCAGGAGCAGAGCUGCCUUCAGGACGGAUCCGUCUAUCGGGGUGUGAACGAAAGAGUGGCUGAGCAGCGUGUCGAAGGGAAAAGGUCUGUUUGGAGACGCCCCCACAGAAGCCAAGACUUAGGAGUGGUGCCAAGAGUUUGUGUUGGGGGUCUCUUUUGGGUGGAGAGUAUGCAGUCUUCGUGUAUGAAUAGACAUGCCCAUCCCAUCCAAGACCAGCCGCAAACCAUGAUUCAGUGGUCAACCUCCUCCCCUCGGGACGGACAUGAGCCAUUUGGUCCAACACUAGGGAUGAUCCACCACCAGGGAUUUAUAUGACGGGAUGGCGUACUCACAGCCAUGGUUAAAACCAUGGUCAUCCAUUGGAUCAUGGGGAUUUAUAUGACCAUUUUUUGAGGGAUGGGAUGACCAUACCAAAAAAACACGGAGUUCCGACCAUAGCUCACAUGGCUUUUCUCCACCGGGAUUGCUCAGUCGACGUUUAGAGGUGAACCUGUCAGUAGAGUCUAGGUUUAUCAGGGUGCGUCCUGCAUGGCAACAAGUCGGCAACAGUGAUGACUGUACUAUUUGAUUUGUUUUGCGCGGAACUCCCUGUUGACCAUUGAAAGAAGUCCAAACUGGAAUGAGGCGGACAUUUCGGUCCGGAAGCGGGUGAAGCGACAUCAUUUUUGGUCGCAGAACAGGCAGCUAACGAAACCGCUCCAAGUUUCAAACAGGUCGACCUUCGGGGUCUCAGAGGCCAUGCCCAGCUUCUUUGCCCACCGAGCACCCUGCGUGCGAAAGCGAGCGAGGCGUUUUCCUCUGCUUUGGAGCCUCUUGCGCCGAAGCUGCUGGCGUUGUUCUCCACCCCAAAAGUGGGGGGGGGCACGGUCGCCUCGGCCAUGCUCGACACCAAGGAUUCCGGUCCCGACAUCUUUC